GAUAUCAGAGCUCAAACUUCUAUCCUCAGUUUCUUGUGUAUCAGUCAACGAGAACAGAGAAACAUAUAAUGUAAUAUAUAAUGUGUACACGAGCACAGGUUUUUAGCUUUGCGCACCAUGUUUGAGUUUACGGGGUCAAAGCAGCAGCAUCAGCAGAUUAAACUCCACCUCUCACCUGACUGAUCCAAAGGAGAGGCAAACGGGCGGUAAGAGUUACCUUCAGACCAAGCUUACCACUUCCAUACUGAGACGAAAGUGUGUGGUGUAAAUUUUUCUGACUUCAAACACUGAACGUGAGAUUUAUGAAACAAAACAGGAGUCAAUGUGGAAGUAACUUUUAUUGAACUUUGUACAUGGGGGAGGAAACUGUAUCUGAUUAAGCUCUGAGCUGCCUGGUGCAACUUUACUCCUGAAUAUGGCUUCGCGAUCUGAGGAGGAGCUCACCUGUUCCAUCUGCCACGAGAUUUUUAGAGAGCCCGUCGUCCUCUCUUGCACACACAGCUUCUGUAAGGGCUGUGUGCUGAACUGGUGGAGCGAAAAACAAAUGCAAGAGUGUCCUGUUUGUAAGAGAAAAUCGUCAAAGAAUCAACAACCACCUGUUAGUCUGGUGUUAAAGAACCUGUGUGAGGCCUUCUUACUGGACAGAGAUCUUAGAGCUUCUACAAAGUCCGAGCCUCUCUGCAGCCUGCACUCUGAGAAACUCAAACUGUUCUGUCUGGAUCAUCUGCAGCCCGUGUGUGUCGUCUGUCUGGACUCAGAGACGCAUGCUGACCAUAUAUUCAGAGCCAUCGAUGGAGCGGCACAGGAUCACAGGGAGGAGCUCCACAGACGCUUUAAUCAUUUACAAGCGAGACUAAAGGUCUUUGAAGAUGAUAAAGUAAACUGUGAUCAAACAGCAGAACACAUUAAAGUGCAGGCUCAACACACUGAGAGGACAAUUAAGGAGCAGUUUAAGAAGCUUUACCAGUUUCUACAAGAGGAAGAGGAGGCCAGGAUCAAAGCUCUGAGGGAGGAAGAGGAGCAGAAGAGUCGGAUGAUGAAGGAGAAGAUUGAUGCUCUGAGCAUAGAGAUAACAGCUCUUUCAGACACAAUCAGAGUCACAGAGAAGGAGCUGAAAGCUGGAGACAUUUCAUUCCUGCUCAACUACAAGGCUGCAGUGGAAAGAGUCCAGCAGUGCCCCCUGAUGGAUGAUCCACAGCUGGUUCCAGGAGCUCUCAUAGAUGUGGCCAAACAUCUGGGCAACCUGUCCUACAACAUCUGGAACAAGAUGAAGGAGAAGGUCUCCUACAGUCCUGUGAUUCUGGACCCAAACACUGCUCAUCCAGACCUCGUCCUGUCUGAAGAUCUGACCAGUGUGAGUCUCAGACAGAAGCAGAGGCUUCCUGAAAACCCAGAGAGGUUCAACAGUUACCGCAUUGUCCUCGGCUCUGAGGGCUUUGACUCGGGGACUCACAGCUGGGACGUUGAAGUCGGAGACAAUUUUCACUGGAGACUCGGUGUAGCAGCAGAGUCUGUCGUGAGGAAGGGUCCCAUAAUGUCUGGACUGCUGGGAAUCGGGUUUUAUGAAGGUCAAUACACAACAUGCUCACUGCCGGGUCCGGACGUUUUCCUGCCAGUGAAUAAACUCGAGAGGAUCAGGGUUCAUCUGGACUGGGACAGAGGGACGCUGUCAUUCUUUGACCCCGAUGCGAACACACACAUCCACACAUUCACACACACUUUUACUGAGAAGCUGUUUCCAUGCAUCAGCAAUGUGCAUGUUCUCCCUCUGAAGAUGUUGGCAGUUGACGUCGCCGCACCAGAGAAACACAGUAAGCCAGUUUUUCAGUAAUCUGGAACAUUAUGGAGGUCGUAUUAAGCAAAUGAGUCAGUGUCCAGUGUAAAUGAUCCUAAGAUUACAUUGUUUACAUUUCAGUCAUAUUCUGUUGUGAAUGAAUCUGAUGGUAAAAAUGAACACGCAAUGAAACAGACCAAAAAGAAAGAUGAGAGAGAGACACCUGUUCAAUACAAAUCAGAAAUAAUUAUUUUUGAUAUAUAUUUUUUGAUAAACAUACUGACAGAUGAGCAGGAUGUGAUUUUUUUUUUUAUUAUUUUUUACUGCAAAGCAAACAUUCAGAUAUCAUUUCUGCUGUAAAACAAAAACAUAAAGCUGUGGAUAAUGUCUCUUAAGGCACUCCUGUACUAAUCAUUUCAGAUCAAACAUAAACACCCCCCAAAAUACAUUUACUUGCCACUUCAUUAGGUACACAAGUCAAAACGAAUGAAUUCUAAUAUAACACACCAUAACGUCUGCUAAAUGUCUCUUCAUUUUCAUGGACACACACGAUUCAUUUAUUGCGUCAGGAUUUUU